UUUUUAUUUUUUACGUAUGGUUAGGAAUCUUUUAACUCGUGUCGUGUUGUUUCCAAUUUUUCUUUAUUUAUUUAUGAAACCUUUAAUUUUUAUAACCUAAUCUAAUCUUUAACUUGUUUUUCAAGUAAGCGAAUCCGCAACUACGUUAAAAUGUCUCAAGGCGACGGUUUUUUACCCUAUCCAAAAAGUUUUGCUACUCAAGCCAUUCAUCAUGCUCAAGAACCUGAACAGUGGGACUCUAUGGCAGUAGUUAGUCCUCUAGUCACCUCUACGACUUUUAAGCAAUUCGGUCCUGCAGAUUUUAAGAGUUAUGAAUACAGUCGAUCAGGCAACCCUACUCGUAAUGUUCUGGAACAAGUUCUGGCAAAACUUGAUAAUGGCAAAUAUGGUUUGGCAUUUUCUUCCGGAUUAGGUGCUACGACUGCUUUGUUGGGUCUGUUAAAUUCUGGUGAACAUCUCAUAAGCGGUAACGAUAUUUAUGGAGGAACUAAUCGUUUGUUUAAUAAGGUGGCUGUAAAGUUUGGAAUCGAAACAACUUUGGUGGACCUUUCAGAUAUUAGAAACUUUGAAAAGAAUAUUAAAAAGAAUACUAAGCUCGUCUGGAUAGAGACUCCCACUAACCCAACUAUGCAAGUAGUAGAUAUUAAAGCAGUAUCGGAGAUAGCAAAAAAACAUAAUUUGAUUUUGGUGGUUGACAACACCUUCCUAACUUCAUAUCUGCUCAGACCUUUAGAACUCGGAGCAGAUAUAGUUUCUUAUUCAUUAACAAAGUACAUGAAUGGACAUUCUGAUGUUGUCAUGGGAGCUUUGGUUACCUCGAAUGACCAGUUGUAUGAAAAGAUGAAAUUUUUACAAAAUUCCAUGGGUAUUGUUCCAAGUCCGUUCGAUUGCUACCAAGUGAAUAGAGGAUUAAAAACUCUAGCAUUGAGAAUGGAAAAACAUAAAGAAAAUUCUUUAUUAGUAGCUAAAUAUUUAGAAAAUCAUCCUAAAGUAGAAAAAGUGCUGCAUCCCGGCCUACCAUCUCAUCCACAACAUGAAACGUUCAAGAAGCAAACGUGCGGCCAUAGUGGCACCUUCUCCUUUUACCUCAAAGGAAAUAUAGAAACAUCCAAAGCAUUUUUGACUUCAUUGAAAAUGUUUACAUUGGCAGAAAGUCUGGGAGGUUAUGAAAGUUUGGUUGAGUUACCGUCUGUAAUGACUCAUGCAUCGGUGCCUCCAGAAUUAAGGAAAGAACUAGGAAUCUCAGAUACUUUAAUUAGGUUGUCGGUAGGACUGGAAGAGGCUGACGAUCUGAUUGCUGAUUUGGAGCAGGCAUUUAGGGGUCUUUAAAUAAUUAAUUUUUACAUGAGAUCUUUUAUAUUACGCUGGUUUGGCAUGAGAAUUGUUUCUAUUGAGUAUUUGUACCUCUUGUUGUUUAUUUUCAGUAGUUUAGUAGUAUCUUUCAGACAAGUAUUAUUUUUUGUAAAAAAAUUGUAUAUUGUAAAACAUAUUUAUUUAAAAAUCUUCAAAUGGAUGUUAGUAAAUUUAAAGAUUAAGAAAUUAUUGAAUCGUUAACUUUUUUUUAAUACAAUUGCUACACAAAUAAAAAAUAUAAUUUUAUUAAA